GGAAAAGUUCAAGCAAUUAUUGAGGAGGCAUUAGAAACGUUAGCCACCCAUAAAUACAGUGCAACUCACUCUCCCUUCAUGGCCAAGUUGCUGAGCUCCCGUGUGUUGGAAAAAGUGAAACAGUUAAAUAUUGAGCGGUACAAAGUCAUCUGUUUGACUACUAUUGGAUCCAAAGCGUCACAGGGAUUACGAAUCGCCAGCCGCUGCUUGUGGGAUGGCCAGUGUGAUACUUUUGUAAAUGCUUGUUUCGAGGAUGAGCGAUUUUUCGCCGUUUGCACUGUCUACGGAGUGUAUUACGAAUAA